AUGUGCAGUGCUGUACCACCAGCCCUUCGGUGGACGCGUCCAUCGCCGGGCUGCACCAUAGAGGAAGUCCUUCAGUCUGGAUAACAGGAUGGGUGUUGCCUCCAACCGGUUGCGAUAUGCUGUGCCUGUGCCAGCUGCCCCUACAAGAAUGCAGGCCACAGCUGAGGCAUUGUGAUUUCGGGGAAGCGAGGGGUGUUUACAGGAAGGGAAAACCAACAGCAGGGGGAGGGCUGGGUUUGCUUUCUCUUUCCGUUUGAGCACUGCAAAGCCGCACACAGCAGCACAACCAUGGAUGCUGCGGUGCUCCCGAUGCCGGCCCCGCUGUGCCUGGUGAACAACAAGAAUGGCGAGCUGUCCCUGGACCCCACGGCGCUGGCAGUGCUGCAGGAGGUGGCCCAGCCCCUGGUGGUGGUGGCCAUCGCCGGGCCCUACCGCACCGGGAAGUCCUUCCUGAUGAACCGGCUGGCACAGAAGCGCACUGGCUUCCCGCUGGGCCCCACGGUGCAGGCAGAGACCAAGGGCAUCUGGAUGUGGUGCCUGCCUCACCCACAGCGGCCCGGAGUGAUGCUGGUGCUGCUGGACACCGAGGGGCUGGGAGACCCCACCAAGGGUGAUAGCCAAAACGACGCCUGGAUCUUCACACUGGCGCUGCUGUUGUCCAGCACCCUGGUGUACAACAGCAUAGGCACCAUCGACCAGAAGGCACUGGAGUACCUCGAGCUGGUGACACAGCUGUCAGAGCUGAUCCAGGUGCGCGACAGGGACAAGGAUGGCAACAACGGCGCUGAAAGAGAAGAUGAGGCCGAGGACCACGAGUUCAUGCGCUUCUUCCCCAGCUUUGUGUGGGUGGUGCGGGACUUCACACUGGAGCUGCGUGUGGACGAGCGGCCCAUCAGCGAGGACGAGUACCUGAAGCAAGCGCUGGAACUCAAGCACGGGUACGGCCGCAAGGUGCAGCAGUACAAUGCGACGCGGCAGUGCCUCCACAACUAUUUCCCCACGCGGAAGUGCUUCGUGCUGCCUUCGCCACUGGGCACAGAGGAGCACGGGCGCAUGGAGGAGCUGCCCGAGGCCGCCUUGGCCCCACGCUUCCUCCAACAGGCAGCCAAGUUCUGCGACUAUGUGCUGAGCUCCUCCAGGCUCAAGACGCUGCCUGACGGCAGAGCACUGACAGGGCGAGGUGUCCCUGUGCCAUUCCCCACAGCCCUGAGCACGCUGCUGAGCAGCUACGUGGAGGCCAUCAACAGCGGGCGUCUGCCCUGCCUGCAGGGAGCAGCAGCAGCCAUGAUAGCCAACGAGAACGCAGCUGCGGUGGCGGCAGCGCUGGAGGCCUAUGCCGGGGGCAUGCGGGGGCUGUCACUGCCCACAGAGCCCGCACGGCUCUCAGCUGCGCACGGGGAGCACCUGCACGAGGCGCUCGUCAUCUUCCAACAGCGCAGCUUCCGGGAUCGCGACCAGGAGCACCAGCGGCGCCUCAUGGAACAGAUCAGCACGGAGUACAGCCGCCUGCAGGAGGAGAACAAUGCAGCAUCACGGCAGCUCUGCAAGGCGCUGCUGGCUGAGCUGGCGGGGGCACUGGAUACCAGCCUGUCCCGUGGGGCCUACGCACAGCCCGGUGGCUACCGCGCCUACGAGGCCGAGCGGCAGCGGCUGCUGGAGGCCUACCGGCAAGCAAAGGGCAAGGGCCCCAAGGCCGAGGAGGUGCUGGAUGAGUUCCUGGCGGAGCGCCGGGCAGAAGCGGAGGCAGUGCUGAAGGCAGACAAGGCACUGAGCGAGGCCGAGAAGCAGCUGGAGGGUGAGUGGCGCAUCCCAGUGCCGUCCCUUCUCUCCUUCCCCCCUCACCCAUCCCCGGGUCCUCCAGGAACAACGGAUGCAUUGCGUUAUUCCUUGGGGACAUCUCACAGCGUUCCCUUGUUCCGUGGGCCGUGUCCCCCAAGGACAGCGCAUGGCAUCACCAUGCAUUUAGGGAAUCCUUAUAACCCUUCACAGGCAUCUCAUGAUGGCCCCAGCACACGAGGACUCCCCUUCUCCCCAGGGACAUCUCCCAGAGUACACACAUCUCUUGGGGCAUCCCGGUGCACCCAGGAGACACCUCAAAUUGCCCCUUUUUCCUCCCUGACGAACCCUCACCCCAUCCCCACAUCCCCACACUCUCUCCCCAGCCCCUACAUCCCCUCCCCACGUGCCCUUGCACUGUGGCUUUGGCCCAUCUCCCCGUGCCACGGGGACCCCCACUCGGUUCCCUGACCAGAAGCACCAGGCUCAGCUCCUGUUUACUCCUCACCCCGUCCCUUUGU